AACUGAGGUGUUGGCUCAGCCUGUAGAUCCACCUGGACCUCCCCCCGCGGCGUCGGACACGACCCUGACGGACAGAAGAGGACGGUGUUUGGACGGAGGCGGUCGAACGGUCAGGUCGCGUGACGCCUGAAUCAUCCACGUAAACAAAUGCAUGUUUUAUCUUUUUGAUGAGAAGCUCAAGUUUCCCAGCAGCACUUAAAUACCACACGUGAUCAGAUCAGUGUGUUUGAUUAUUGAUCAGUGGAAGACAUUAACCGUCGUUCUGUAGAUCAUCAUGGACUCCAUCAGGACUCACCUGAGACAGUCGUCCACAGUGUCUCUUGACCAAUCAGUGUCUGAGGAUGAGGAGGUGGGCGGAGCUCAGGGGGUGGAGAUGAGGUUUGUGACGUCAGAGGCCGAGGAGGCGGGGCCUAGCAGUGACCUCACAGCUCUGGUGUGGAGGUAUCGCCAUGGUUACCGGAGAGCUGGUGUGUUGUUUUGUUUGUGCGGAGUCGUCAUCUUCGCUGCUGCUUUCCUAUUGGCCUUUGCUGUGUUCAGUGGGCGGUACCACUGCUCCCAGCUGGGGGGGCAGGUGGAGGAGGAUGAGCAGCCUGGGGGCGGGGCUAAACCACCUGCAGAUGGAGGGGCGGGGCCUUACCUGGGAGAGCUGAGGGCAAUGAUGAGGAGGCUGCUGCAGGAUGAAGAUAUCCACAGCACGGUCAGUCGAGUCAGCAGAGCGAGUCAUCCUCCAGGUUCUGCAGAGGGAACGUCUCUGGCCUCAGAGAUCCUGCGUCGGUUCAGACAGCUGCAGAUGGAUCACACCUGGACCGAGUCCCUGUACGCCACGCUGCAGUUCCCCGACAGGUCUCAGAGCAGCUCUCUGUGCCUGGUGGACUCUGCAGGACUCGUCUCAGAGCAGAUUCCUCUGAACCCGUCUGAUUUCUGUCCGUACAGCGCCACAGGAAGUACCACGGGGGGCGUGGUCUACGCCAACUACGGCCGCCCGGAGGAUUUUAAUUGGCUGAAGAGCGCGGGCGUGUCUGUGAUUGGCUGUGUGGUGGUGAUGCGAGUCGGGGGCGGGGUCAGUUUCGCAGAGAAGGUCUGGUUGGCUGAGAGGAGCGGGGCGGGCGGAGCUUUGAUCUACCCCGACCCCGCCGACCUGCCGCAGGACCCCCGCCGCCUCGGACUGAGCACACACACCGCCGUGUCCGAACACGUAACACACCCACACACACACACACACACACACACACACAGGUUUCCCAUGUUUCACCGCCUCCAGCCAAUCAGCUUCUCCCUCUGCGUCGUCCAAUCACAGGUGCACCUGGGGUCAGGUGACCCCUUCACCCCCGGCUUCCCCUCCUUUAACCACACUCAGUUCCCGCCCAUCCAGUCCUCGGGCCUGCCGCUCAUCCCGGCUCUGCCCGUCAGCGCCACUGUGGCCGCCAAGCUGCUGAGCCAGCUGUCGGGUCCGUCCUGCCCGCCGUCGUGGCGAGGCCGGCUGCCGUACGUGCGCUGCGUGGUCGGUCCAGAGUUCAGCUCCAGACGCAGAGUCAAGAUGUCCGUCCACAACACGAUGACGCCUGUCCUCCUCAACAACAUCUUCUCCUCUGUGGUGGGCCGGGUGGAACCAGACCAGUACAUCAUACUGGGAGCUCAGAGGGACUCUCUGGGUCCAGGAGCCGUGAAGUCCGGGGUUGGAACGGCCAUCCUUCUGGAGCUGGCUCGAACCUUCUCCGCCAUGGUGAAGAACGGUUUCAGUCCCAGACGGAGUUUACUGUUCGUCAGCUGGGACGCCGGAGAGUUUGGGAACGUGGGAGCGACUGAAUGGCUGGAGGGUUACCUGUCCAUGCUCCACCUGAAGGCUGUGGCCUACUUCAGUCUGGACCAGGCUGUGAUGGGUGAUGACGUCCUGUCGGCCUACACCAGUCCUCUGCUGGUCGACCUGCUGGACGCUGCCAUCAGACAGGUGGAGCAUCCGAAACACGCAGGUCAGACCAUCUACAGCCAGGCGGAGAGAGAGGGAGGCAGCUGGAGGAUCAUCAAGCCGCUGUACCUGAACAGUGGAGCGUACAGUUUCACCGCGUUCGCAGGAGUUCCUGCCAUGGAGCUCAGAUUCACCGAGGAGCGAGCGUACCCGUUCAUCAACACGCCUCUGGACAGCGCCGCCCGUCUUCAGGAAGUGUUGGGGGGUCGUCUGGGGGUCACGGGGCGGAGCCUGGGGGAGCUGGUGGGGGAGAUGGUGCUGCGAUUGGCCCACGACCACAUCCUGCCGCUACGCAUCACUUCCUACGCCCAGACGGUGCUGCAGUUCAGCGCUCAGCUCAACAAACACUCUGCCGAGCUGCAGUCCAGAGGUCUCUCUCCUCAGUGGGUUUUCAGCGCCAGAGGUGAUUACAGCCGAGCAGCAGAGACUCUGCAAAGAGCCAUCGACUACAGCGACCUGCACGACCCGAGCACCGCCCGCUCCUACAACACCCGCAUCAUGAAGGUGGAGUACUACUUCCUGUCUCAGUACGUGUCGGUGGUGGAGACGCCGUUUCGUCACGUGAUCCACGGCCGCGGCGACCACACUCUGAGCGCGCUCACUGAGCACCUGGCCCUGCUGACCUCUGACCCCGGACGCUUCGACGAGCGACGCUUCAGACGACAGCUCGCUCUGUUCACCUGGACGCUACAGGGAGCGGCUAACGCUCUGAACGGAGACGUGUGGAGCAUCCGCAACACACUCACAUACACACACUGACACACAACUACACACACUGACACACUGACACACUGACACACUGAUACACAUACUGACACACAACUAUACACAACUACACACACUGACUGACACAGUAACACACUGACACAGUGACAGAAACACUCUUUAUAAACCUGCAGUAUAUCUGAGUAUUUAUUGUUACACACACACACAGAGGUUGUUGGUUCGAUAACUGGCUCGUUGUAUCAUGAAAUAAAGAUCUGUCUGAUGACGUUUGUGACUCAGACGUCACUGAGACAAACUUCUUCUUUUCAGAUCCACA